AAACUAGUGUCAAUCCGGUCAAACCUGUCAAAGAGAACAAGAGAACCGUGGAUCGAAUAAUCGAAGUUUAAGUACAUCGUCGAAUACGUAGUGUAGAGUUAUUAUAAGUCGCUUAUUUAAAUGGAAAAACCUUCACGAGGAAGUUUUAACAUCCCAGGGACUGUUAUAAAUGGUCAAAAUGCUCAGUUGUUAACUUCUACAGGAAUUUCCUCCGUCGAUUCAAUCCUAGGAGGCGGUUUGCCCGUGGGGACUGUGACCAUUAUAGAGGAAGAUAUCUAUGGUUCCCAUGCAAAAAUUAUGUUGGACUACUUCUUGGCGGAAGGAAUUGUUAAUGAUCAUUCCACACUAGUCGCUAGCCUAGACAUGAAUCCGUACAAUAUAAUUAAAAAUCUUCCAGCUGUGAUUCAUAAUGAUCCUGAAGAGUCAACGAUCAGUUCAGACUCUAUACAAGACGAUAAAAUGAGAAUAGCUUUUAGAUAUCAAAAUUUACCAACUUCAGAUAAAGAUUCACAUAAUAUAGGCCAUUAUUUUGACUUGUCCAAAACUAUGAGUCUUGCUGACAUAGAAAAUUCCGAUAUUUGCUACUGGAAUGGACAACGAAUAGAAAAUGGUACAAGCAUGUUUGCCAAUCCCGCAUACAAUGAAUUGCUAAAAGCUGUAAAAGAAAAAAUAAAAGAAGGAAAGUUCUUUUUAAAAGAUAAUCCUUCAAAAAGGAAUGUACUCAGAGUAGGCAUUCAUUCUUUGGGAUCACCAAUGUGGCUACCUAGUAGAGAUUCAUAUCAUCUAAUGAAUGAAAGUCGUGACUUGGAUAUGUUUAUAUUUUGUCUCAGAGCUUUAGUAAGAUCUGCUUUUGCCGUGGCUGUGAUAACCAUUCCAACUCAUUUAUAUCAUGAGAACUCACUUGACAGAUGCAUUCAUUCUAGUGACAUUGCAAUGAGACUACAAACCUUCUCAGGAACUGAAUUAGAAAAUAACUUCAGUUUAUCUGAUUACCAUGGGUUUUUCCAUUUAACUAAAUUAGCGGCUAUCAAUUCGUUCGCGUCAAAACAUCCAGGGUCAAUUGAAUAUGUUUUUAAGUUGAGGCGAAAAAAGUUUCAUAUUGAAAAAUUGCAUUUACCCCCAGAUUUGCAAGAGGUAGGUAGUAGCAAUUCUACACCACCAUCAAUAGCAUGUGGGAGCAGUAAUAAACAUCUUUUAGAAUUUUAAGUAAAAAUGGUACCUUCUUGUUUAAGUAUCUAUUUUAUUUAUUGCAGAGUAUUAUAUUUUUCAACACUAUGGUGAUACAUUUUUAUGUCCAAUUACCAUUUUGAUCAGUGAUGUGAUACAAUUACUGUAGUGAUAAAUAAAGUACAUGUUUUUAUAUUUUAA